AUGCCACCUAUGGUCAAAGAAGAACGAUUAGUCAACGAAGCACGAGAUAUCUGCGCGACUUUAGCUCUGGUCGAUGAAGAGUACAUCGAAACAUGUCAAAAUUGUCUUUGUCCGACUCAAUGGCAGGCUCUUAUCAGCCUUCAUAAAACAAUAUUUCAUGAACACCAUGACUUUUCUUGGGCAUCACAACACCCUUCUGCGGCGUCCAUCCUGGACGUCUUGCGUUCGAAAUAUUCAAUGCAAAAACCGAUGUGGAGACACGGAAUACACUCGUUCCUAGGACUUUCUUGUCAGGAUCUUCUAGCUUUUAUUGAUCAUAUGCUGCCACCACCCAUAUAUGCGGCAUAUCUUUUGUUACAAUGUCCUAUAGGGGUUGCCCGUACUUUCGAGGACACAUGCAUUGGAUGCCUUCAUAAUCUAAUGAAGUAUAGGAUGACUAUUGAAGAUAUCGACAAUAGUGAUCCUGAAGUCUGGGCGGAUGCUCUUGAGCAUUGGUACAGCAAAGUGGAUAGAGUUACAAUUAGGUUUCGACAUCACCUUGUUGUUCUGGCACAUCCAAACAUAUUUCAACAGAUCUACUUCUCUUCCAAGUCUCUAGCCAAUGCGGCCUAUCCCCGAAACGUCGUUUCCUGUUUAAACUUCUUCUGUUGUCCAAGGUCUCGACAUGGUCCAUUUCGGCAAUAUAUCUGUUCCCUAGCAGACAGUUGCUCAAAUCAACAGAGUUCGCGGUUCUCAGAGGAUGUACCCCAUUCGACAUGUGAAGACCUGACAAAACAUAAUAUGGUCCUAGAACCAAAUUCAUUCAACUUCAAAGCAAUUCACUCUUGGACAACUCCAGAACUGUUUUGCGCGUUUUUAACCUUAUCUGUAUCUGACCCAAAAAAACCAAUCAAUGGCCAUGAUCUUGGCGUUUGGAUGCUUCACAAGAGCAACAGCCAUGUCAGAGCGGUUAAUAUUUCACCACCACAGCUACGGAUAAUUCCUAGAUUGGCAUUCCUCUUUAUUUUCUCAAUCCUUUUACCCUUUUCGUCGGCUCGCCCGAUCGAGCAGGCUGCGCAGGAUGAAAGGAACCAUAAAACCUUAUGCAAAUUGGCUGCCGAUGAUAUUGUUUUACUUGUAUUGGCCGCCUUUGCUGUCCCCGUUUGCCUUCUUCUCGGUCAGAGGCUCGGCCAGCCUCGCACAUUUGGUACUUCGAUGGUGGUGUUCAACAUUGCCAAUUUAAUGACAAGUGGUGAUCCCUUGGUUUCCACAGUCGGCCAUUGGGUGUAUGUAUUUCUUUCCCCCAUCCCUGGCCUCGGCGUUUUCAACAUUGAUUCUAACGAUGAUCACAGCGGUCUCGGGCUUUCAUUCACGUUCACCGCUAUUUUCGCUGGAAUGUUGGCAAAACGCUUCCGUCACAUAACGCGGAGUUUUGCUCAUACCAUUGCCUUCCUCCUUGUGGUUUGGAUUGUGAACUAUCUACUGCACCUGAGUUCUGCGCCUGGCGGAUCUAGAACAGAGCAGUCCGACUCAGACAGUCAAUAUCUCCUCUCAUCAGUGGCAUUCACCUUGAUCUGCUGGUGGAAAAUUGCCGAGUGGUCGAUUCAAAUUUCACCAACAGCGGAAACAAGCGCCACAGACACUAUUCCGAUCAAUAUAUAUCGGUCCUCCCACAAUUAA